GACUGAAAGGCAAAGUGAGUGGAAAGCAAAAUAUUCACUAAAAACAAUUCGCGCGCGCCGUUGUCAAAAGGGAGGAAAAAAAUCCCCUCCAACUGAAAAAAAAAUUAUGAUGAAAGAAGCAAAAGCUAAAUGUGGAAAAUGUUAAAAAUUAUAAAAAUAACUUAUAAAUAAUUGUAUAAAACGAAAGGCGCUGAAAAAGUGAGAAACCUCAUAGCAGAAGAAAAAUUCUGAUGUCAAGAGUUUUUUGUAUGGUUGUGUGUUGAGAAGAAACACCACGAAGAAAAAUAGUACUCUAGGAAAGAGUUGUUAUCGUAUAUGGUGUAAAAAAAAACAUUACAACAAGAAAAAAGAAAAACAAAUAAAAUCACCAAGAGAUAAACAACAAAAAUAAAUUCCUAUUGUUAAUAAAGGAUACCAGUUCAUAAUGUCCGCAGAUGGUACUCAGGCAACCACAGUGACAAUUACCGUGGAAGAUGGCACAGCCAAUAAUAAUUCAGGCUCAGCCGGUGGUUCCGGCAGUUCGGGCAAAUGUCAAAUGGCUUUAACACCCCGCUUCACCCAAGAAGAAAAGGAUAUACUUUACAGUCUGUUUCAUCAACACGAAGAGGUCAUUGAUAUAAAAUUUCGCAAAAAGCAAAGAUCAAAAUAUUCCAUACGCGAUGCCUGGGAGCAGAUAGUGCGUGAAUUCAAUUCACAUCCGGGAGUUAUGCAGAUGCGCAACUUGAAGCAAAUACAAAAGUUCUGGUUGAAUGCAAGACUACGAAAACAAUAUCCCUUUCGAUCUAUUGGCCAUAAACAAACCUCCAACAAUCAUCACAAUAACGACCAUUCUCAACAACAACAGCAGCAACAACAUAUUGUCAAUCAUGUCAUCAAGGAUGAGCCAGAGUUCAGUAUACACAACACUGAAGGCUCUGAGAAUAAUGAACACAAUGAGUCCUUUGAAGAAAUGGAAAUGGAAGGCAAUAAUGUCUCAGAAUUAGAUGAAGAUCCUUUGGAAACGGAACAGCAACAACAACAGCAGCAGCAGCAACAGGAAUUACAGCAACAAGUAGCACAGGCGGCCACUAUACAUACUCAACAAAUAAGUGUCGAUCAGAUAUCAGCGGAAAAGUUAACACUCAAUGAUCUCCUACAGUUUAAGACCGCUAGGCCCAGGGAAGAGAUUAUUUUACAAAUUAAACAUCCCUCCGAUAACUCAGGAGCCCAAAUUACCAUACCUUCGCCCACACGCAUUACAAUACCUCAUCAUCAACCGCAGCAGCAUACAAUGGCCACCAUUACCACGAAUGGCUAUAACCAACAGAUUAUUAGUGAAAUCAAACCUCAACAAAUUACCUUGGCCCAGUAUCAGGCCCAACAGGCACAGCAACAAGCCCAAUUGGCGGCGGUGCAACAACAACAGUUGGCUGCAGCCCAACAACAGCAGCAACAAUUAGCGGUAUUGCAGCAACAACAGGCGGCAGCAGUGGCAGCAGCCCAACAGCAACAUCAACAACAGCAAGCGGCUGCUGCUGUAGCCGCAGCCCAACAACAGCACCAGCAGCAACAACAACAACAACAACAGCAAGUGAAAAUGCAAUUGCAUACACCGCCCAACGUUAGCACACAAUUUGCCACAGCCACGCCUACCUUUACAUGUACCACAUUUAGUGCCUUGCCCACGGGUGCUGCCACCGGAGUUACAACGGCCAAUAAUUUGGCCAAUGUUGUAGCAACCCCCCAUCUAGCUAACCUCAAUCCCGCACCCAACUUGCCCACAGUGAAUACAGCACCGCCUCCUCCCACAGCCAACACCAACGCCUCCAACAAUAGUCAUACUAGCUCUAACCCCACCAAUGAUGCUUUCGAGGAGAAAAUCAGCUACUUCCGCAUGAAAGAGGCUGAAUUGCGUUAUAAGGAGCAACAGGUUGCCUUGGAACGCAAGAAAAUCGAAUUGACUCAUGCCCAAGAACAACUGAAACAUUUGCGUGAGGUGCAUCGCCUGCAGGUGGAGGAGUUAAAAAUGAAAAUUCGCGUACUGCAGGAGGAGGAAAAGCAUUUACGCAAAGACAUUUCGCCGCUAAGCAGCUAAGCUUCACAUCAUCAUCACCACAAAACCUACUUGUCCUACUGGCUUUUUACAGCAAGUUUGAUCAGGACAUGCAAGCAUUGCAUAUUUGUAAAUGUAUUAUGUUUUUGUUUUCUUUUUUUAAGUAAGGUUAACAAUUAAUUUUUAGCUUUAAGUGUUUAAAUUUAAUGUUAUACGAUGUAAUAUUGUAAAGAAGAAACGUUUUCCAAUUGUGUGUCUAUUUGCAGCAUAAGCAUUUUUUUUAUUCAUUAUCACCAUUGUUCAGUUAUGAAACUGCUCGGCUCAUACAUGUAAUAAAAAA